AUGAGAUUAUUAAAAAGCCAUCCUAUUUUAAGGUUAGCGAAUUCUUACUUAGUAGAUUCACCACAACCUUUAAAUUUAAGUUAUAUGUGAAAUUUUGGUUCUUUAUUAGGUGUUUGUUUAAUUAUACAAAUUGUUACAGGUGUAACAUUAGCGAUGCAUUAUAACCCUAGUGUAGCAGAAGCAUUUAAUAGUGUUGAGCAUAUUAUGCGUGAUGUAAAUAAUGGAUGAUUAGUACGUUACUUACACAGUAAUACUGCUUCAGCAUUUUUCUUCAUAGUUUACUUACACAUAGGUAGAGGUUUAUACUACGGAUCAUAUAGAGCACCAAGAACUCUAGUAUGAACUAUUGGUACUGUUAUAUUUAUUUUAAUGAUGGCUACAGCUUUCUUGGGAUACGUCCUUCCUUAUGGGCAAAUGUCACUAUGAGGUGCAACAGUUAUUACUAACCUUAUGAGUGCUAUUCCUUGAGUAGGACAAGAUAUUGUUGAAUUUAUUUGAGGUGUUUGUUUCAAAUGAAGUUACCAACACAAAUGCUCUGUUAACAAUGCUACAUUAAAUAGAUUCUUCUCAUUACACUUCGUUUUACCUUUUGUCUUAGCUGCUUUAGUACUAAUGCAUUUAAUCGUUUUACAUGACACAUCGGGGUCAGGAAAUCCUUUAGGUAUAUCAGGAAACUACGAAAGAAUACCUUUUGCACCUUAUUUCAUAUUUAAAGAUCUUAUUACAAUUUUUGCAUUUAUAUUUGUAUUAUCUUUAUUUGUGUUCUUUAUGCCAAACGUUCUGGGUGACUCAGAAAAUUAUGUAGUGGCGAAUCCUAUGCAAACUCCUGCAGCUAUUGUUCCAGAGUGAUAUCUUCUUCCUUUCUACGCCAUAUUAAGAUCUAUUCCUAACAAAUUAUUAGGAGUGAUAGCCAUGUUCUCUGCUAUCCUUAUAUUACUGUUACUACCUAUUACAGAUGUAAGUAGAUCAAGAGGUAUGCAAUUUAGACCUUUAAGUAAAUGAGCUUUCUUUGUGUUUGUGGCUAAUUUCUUAAUCUUAAUGCAAUUAGGAGCUAAACACGUAGAAUCUCCAUUUAUUGAAUUUGGUCAAAUAAGUACCGUUUUAUACUUUUUAUACUUUACAGUUGUAAUGUAUGGUGUUACUUUUAUUGAAAAUACUUUUGUGGACUUAAAUUUCUACACUAAUACAAAACAUUCUUCCCGGUUUAACUUUGUUACUAAAAAAUAA